CACACACUGAAGGAACCACAUGCGCUCAACCUUAAAACCUGUCUGAAAAACCUAAUUCUCUCGGAUUCCUUGGACUCCAGCUUUCUGCAGGAUGGAUCCGGGAGAGAGUCCAUCACAGAAAAGUCCAGGGUCACGUGGAUUUUUUGACCCUGCACACUUACUUGGAGGCCAUUCAAUGUUUCCUGGACGGCCACCAACAUCACGUGACCAACCACCGUACAUAACCCAUAUGCCGAGUGCGUUCAGUAUGUUCAACCAGCCGUUAUAUCCACCCAGAAGUCCCCACAGUGAUUUUGGUGGUUUAGGUUCCCUAAGGGAAGGGUUGACAAGCCCACUGGGUUCACCAAAUGCCCUCACUCAUGGCCCACUAAGCCCAACAGCUGGUCUGCAUUGGCCACUCACAGCCAGUGUACAAUUAUGUAACUUGGCAACUUUAGGUGGUGCGGCCUGGUGGCGCCACGCCCGUAGUAUGGCUGGUUUGUCUGAGUACUAUAGCGGAACUCUGGGCCUUACAGCGCCAACAUUUGGCAGCGGUGGAAGGGAAAGAGAAGCCAGCCCACCUGGGUUUGAUUCACUUUAUAGGCAGUCGCAAGCUCAAAAAAGUUUAAAUGGUGCAUUUUGUGGUCCGUUAUUUCCUCCUGCAUCAUCUGUGUUAUCACUAAGUUCACCUACAAAAAGCUCAUCCCCGGCAACCUCCACCACCACUUCAUUGGCUAUGACGAGUACAGUGGUCAGUACCAGCAGUAGUAGCAGCAGCAGCAGUAGUAGUAAGCAUAAAGGCCAGAGGGGAAGACCCAAAGGAAACUCGUACAAAAACUCUUCAAACACUUUACGUAUUCCCGGCAGUACAAGCUCUGUUUCUGAUAAGUCUAAGGAUUCAAAGAUAUCCCAACCUACAUUGUCUAUUCCGCAGCCAUCAACCCCAGUAUUUGCACACUCAUCUGUGAUAACCAAAGCAUCAUCAACGACAACAACAUCGCUAUCAUCGGCCGCAAGUUCAACUGGUGUGACUACAGCAGUAUCACCGUCAACGAAAACUGACUCCAAUAAAAAGAAGAACGGCAAAGAGACGAGUAGCAGCGAUAGUAGUAGCAGCAGUAGUGAUGACUCUAGUGAUGACUUGGGUAGUAGCAGUGAUAGUUCCAGCAGUAAUUCUGAUAUUAGCAGCGGUAGUGACAACUCAGAUGGUGGCAAUAGCGAGUCGGACAGUGAUGACAAAGAAAUGGAAGACAUUCUUCAGACCAAGAAGGAACUAGAAGAGAAACAGAAGCAGUUACUGAAACAGGAGCAACAACUGAAGAAGCAGCAACAGGACUCGCUGGAGCGCAGACUUAAGGAUCAACAAGAUGUAAAAGAUCAACGAGACCAAGAACAGAGAUUAAAACAGGAACAACUCAAAAUGCAACUGGAACAACAUAUCAAGCAACAGCAACACCAGCUGAAACUGCAGAAGAAAGCUCAGGCAGAGAGAGAGAAGGCGUUUGCAGCCAAAGCACAGGCUGUUGCUGCGGCUUCACAGCAUGGUCUUAGUAGCAUCAACACAGGAGCACUAACUCAGGUUACAAACAGUGCUUCAGGAACUCAACGAUCUAAUCCCACUUCAGUGAUAACGCCAACUAAAACCCACAAGAGUAAAUCACAGGUGGCUCAAGAUGGGACUGAAUCAGGUGUGUCAUCUCCUGCCUCCAAAAGCAGUACGUCCAGUACUCCUAUUGUUGCGAGAUUUCGAGGCGUUGAUUACAAGGAUCUUAGCACUAAGAAUAGCACAAAAGAUGAUUUGUCAGAUAGUGACAGUAUCAGCUCGGGGGACAGCGACGAUAGCCAAUCAGUGUCAAGUGACUCCGAUUCUGAUGAUGGCAGUUUAUCUAGUGAUGAGAGUUGUGACGAUGAGCACACAGACACUGAUCCUGAUUUGAAACUGACAGACACCAGUAUGAACAACACACCAGUUAAAACAUCAACCCCAAUUGACCAAGGAAAAGGACGCAAAAGGAGUUCUACAGGAGCAACAGCACCCGGCUCAGUUAACAGUUCGCUGACAGCAGGAAAUACAUCUAGUCGCACUAAGCGUCGUAGAAUGGAAGAUGAAGAUGAAGCUCGGGCACCAUUGGAAAAUGGUUGGAGACGAGAAACUACUAUUCGUCAGCUUGGCCCUGGAGACAGAUUACGUGGGGAGGUGGUCUAUUAUGCACCCUGUGGAAAAAAGGUGAAAACAUAUCCGGAAGUUAUCCGGUACCUGGAGAAGCACCGUAUCACUGCGAUCUCCCGCGAUAACUUCAGUUUCAGUGUGAAAAUUAAAAUUGGAGAUUUUUUGAAUCCUAAGCCGGAUGGUAACAACGGUAUAACAUAUGAGAAGAUGACUGAGAGUCAAGUGAAAAGAGCUCUGGUACAAGACGACCCCAAGAAGCUGAGAGCUCUGGAAAGACAGUUUAAAAGAGAGGACAAGAGACGAGCUACCCAAGAGCUGGCAAGAAAAGCUGCUGAAUCAAAGAUGCAAAGAAAAUUAGAACAACAAGAAAUGACCAAAAGAGCUUUAGAAACCAAGCGGAGACGCAAGCUGGACAGUCUACGUAAUAUCCAGGAGGCUAAGGAAGCGAGGAGGAAUCGAGCACUUCUGGCAGCGGAAGAGAGGAGACGACAAAAGGACCACCUGAAAUUCUUAAAGCAUCAAGAAAAACUGCAAAGGUUGGAGCAGAUGAGAUUGGAGAAGGAAAUGAGAGCUCAGCAGAUUUUAGAACAACGUAGGAAAAAGAAAGAGGCCCAGGCUCUUAAAAAGUCUACAGAAUUAGAAGAACGUAUGAAGGAGAGAGAAAUUAGAAGGCAACAAGCUGUGCUCAUGAAAAAUCAGGAGAGGGAAAGGCGUAAACAUUUGUUAGUUAUGCUAUCUAGCGCCCUCUAUGAGGUGCCUUUCAAAGCAUUAUCUGCAACACUGAAAGCGCAGUGUUUAGGAUAUCUUGUGAAUGACUUAGUGUGUAGUCAAAACAUAGUGGAAGACAUCGACAAGAAUAUAGAGCACAUGUCAAGUCUGAGACGUGAUAAAUGGAUUAUUGAAGGAAAACUUAGAAAAAUGAGAACUUUGCAAGCAAAAAAAUUCAACCGUCCAAUGCCUGUGAAAGCUAACAACCUAGAUGACUCCACCAGUCUCUUGGACACCACCUUGGAGACUAUGGACGGAGACAAUAGCAACCUGUCAGGAAUUGGUAAGAAAAGAAAACGCGAAGACGAGGAUGAGGAUGAAGAGGACGAUGAUGAUAGUGAUGGAACAGAGGAGACCGGUGCUGAUGGAGAAGACGUUGAAGAUGAAACAGAGCCAACUAAUGCGGAUGAGAUGGAUAAGAAGAUUGACAAACUCACCAAGCAACAAUGCCAGUUCCGUAACAAACUGUUUGAAGCAUCUCAUGCGCUACGUGCUAUGUCCUUUGGACAGGAUCGAUUUCGCCGUAGAUUCUGGGUUCUUCCCCAUGCAGGUGGUAUUUAUGUGGAAGGGAUGGCCAGUGCAGAAUUACCGGAUGACAUGAAACAUGAACUUGAACAUCAGGAAAAACUUGAUAAAAAAGAAGAGAUUAAGAGUCAGAUAGAACCUUGUCGAGAGACUGCGCUGGAUCUGUCGAUGCCAACAGCCAGCAGCACACCAGGAGCAACCCCAAAAAUUAAAACAGAACCAGAACCGGAACAAAACUUGUUUCUCCAAAAACCAGAAAACUUCUCCAGAUUAAGUGAACUACUUCAAGUUGCGAAACAAGAGCCAGAAUCGGAUUGCAAUGCAUUAGCACCAUCUGAGGCAGUCAGUGAUGCUGCUGCCACGGUUACAUCACACUGUCCUACACAAACUCAGGCUGGUUUGAAUACGUUCAGGUUGAACAGUGGACUUCCUCCGGUCACCCAAGCUGAAUCCAAUGCAGGUUUUGUGAAACUUGAUAACUAUGUACAUCAGAAAAAUGAUAGCCAUUUUGCUAUGGCUGCUUCUUCUUUCUCCUCAGGGCAAAUAUCAGCUGAGCAGCUGCUGAAAGGACUCGCAGAUCAACCUAAUGGAACUAAACCAUGGUUUAGUAUCCUGCCGCAAAUGCCUUGCAAUGAGACAUCAAGGACUCACAGCUCACCGAACAAAGCUAUGCAAGAUAGUUCUGUCCCUGCAUUUGGAGUGAGUGCAUUCCAUAUCCCCAGUGGCACAUUCUCGACCAUUCCCAUUCCAGGACUGAAAACAUCGUCUGCGUCACCCAGUUUAGCAUUCCCUGGAUUAGCUCACGGAUUUAUUCCAGUUUCUGCCAUGUCAGCAUUUGGAUUUCCUAGUUCGUUGAUUUCCUCCGCUACGAGUUCUCCACAGAGCCUGUGUGAGGCUAGUAAAGAAUUUAUGACUGCACAGGCUCAAAAUGAGGCCAUGGCGAACAUGAAAGCCUUGCUUGGUGAGAGAGAAAACAAAGUGGCUGCUCCGAUACCAGAAGGUAGAUUUUAA